AUGGCCUGGACAUUCUACUACUAUACCCCGUCCGGCCCAGCUGCGGGCAUUUUCGUCGGGCUGUUUGGCUUAAGCACUGUCUUGCACUUCUACCAGCUUCUUCGAACGCGGACAUGGUUCAUGAUUCCAUUCUUAAUUGGUGGAGCCAUGGAAACAAUCGGUUACGUCGGUCGUCUAUUAUCAUCGAUCGAGGCGCCAGAGUACACGAAAGGUCCAUACAUCAUGCAGAGCGCACUUAUCUUAAUUGCACCUGCAUUUCUCGCAGCAAGUGUCUAUAUGACGCUCGGGCGAAUUAUCCAUAUGGUUGACGGGGAGAAGUGCUCCUUGAUCAAACUAAGAUGGUUGACCAAACUCUUUGUGACGGGCGAUGUGUUGUCAUUCCUGAUGCAGGCUUCUGGAGCUGGUCUCAUGGUCAAGGACACGACGAACCCAUCAACUGGCGAACACAUCAUCAUCGGCGGUCUGUUCGUACAGAUUAUAUUCUUCGGAUUUUUCAUCAUCAGCGCAGUGAUCUUUCAAUAUCGUAUCACGAGGAGUCCCUCGGGGAGGUCUAUUGAGCUGGCGAGUCUCUGGCGCCGGCAUUUGACUGCAUUGUACAUCACCGGUGGCUUGAUCCUGGUCCGAUCGAUCAUUCGCGUCGUGGAGUAUAUUCAAGGGUAUGACGGAUACCUGAUGAGAGAGGAAGUGUUUAUAUAUGUUUUUGACGGCUUGAUGAUGUUUGUGGCGGUGCUGGUUCUUCACUAUGUCCACCCGAGUGAGAUUAACUGCCUCAUUGGCCGCGGUGAUCGAUACUCUGAGAAGAUUUUCAAGAUGCGCAAGUUCGUUCCUGCGUCAGCACUGGAAAUGAGUGAGCCGAUACGAGCUUAG